AUGUUUCUUUCAAUUUUGCUUCUUUUCGUGUUUUUUCCCACCAAAAAAAUCGAAUGCGCUUCUUGUUAUGCUUUAUAUCAAUUGGAUGAUAUGACACAAUGUAAAAUUGGAAGGACUUAUGAUGUUUAUAGAAGUUAUGGAUGUGUUUGUUCGGGUUAUGCACCAAAUAAACCAUUGGAUAGUAUUGAUAAGUAAGGUUCCGGGUAUAAUUUUUACAUAUUUUUAGGUCACAAGUUUGAAUUUUGAUUGUGAGCUCAAAAAAAGACACGGUGUUUUACUUCUGAUUGUUUGUUUGAUUUUCGAAUUAUUGACCCAGACAACUUAUCUCUGAGAAAUAGUGAUUACAUCAUUUUCUGAAAAAAAAUUGAGUUUGAAGACUUUUGGGCUGGAAUUUUUGAAAACUUAAUUCCGUCUGAAGUUUGAGCCUGAACUAGGAUUUUUUAAGUUCUAAUUAGCCCUGAAAAUCAGGAUUUUUGAGCCUAAAUUCAGGCUAAAAAUUUUUAAUUUUUGACCUGAAUUUAGUCUGAAAAUAGGGAUUUCUAGCCGAAAUUUAGUCUGAAAAUUUGAGAUUUUUAGCCGAAAUUUAGCCUGGAAAUUUGAGAUUUUUAGAAACUAGAAAUGCAAUGUUUUCGAGCCAAGAUUUGCUCAGAAUAUCAGAAUUUUUUACCUAAAUUUAGUCUGGAAACUUGGAAUUUUUUGAGCCUAAAUUUAGCUAGAAAGUUUUGGAUUUUUGACCUGAAUUCAGUCUGGAAAUUAGGAAUUUCUAGACCAAAUUUGGGCUGAAAAUUAGGAUCUUUGAGCCUAAAUUAAGCUAGAAAAUUUUGGAUUUUCAGACCUAAUUUAGCCUGAAAAUCGGGAUUUUUAGCCUAAAUUUAGUGUGAAAAUUUGAGAAUUCAGGUCAAAAAUCCAAAAUUUUCUGGCUAAAUUACUUACUUACGACUAAGUAAGUAAGUAAGUAAUUUAGCCAGAAAAUUUUGGAUUUUUGACCUGAAUUUAGCCUGGUAAUUUGAAAUUUUUAGAACUCUGAAAAUUUUGGAUUUUGGAAACUAAAUUCAGGCUGAAAAUUAGGAAUUCAGGAUUUUUAGCUUGAAUUCAGUCUGGACCAAAUUUGAGCUGAAAAAAUAGGAUUUUUGAGCCUAAAAACUUGAAUUUUCUAGCCCUUUUGAGCCGAAAUUAGCCCUGAAAAUUAGGAUUUCUUGAGCCCAAAAAAUUUUUUUUAUCCAGAUGUUGCGAAGUCCACAAUCAAUGCUACACUUCAAUUCUCUCCACAGGUCUCUGCCAAAAUCCAAAUGCACCAUUUUAUUGUUAUUAUAGCUGGCAAUGUAUCAACAAAGAAAUCAAUUGUUCCUGUAAGUUUCUUCUAACAUGAGCAAUGGUUUUCUACCCUGUAAAAAAAUACCAAUUUCAUUUCAGCCGACAACAAAUGCAUGAGUUCAGUUUGCAACUGCGACAAACUCUUUAUUGAUUGUCUCUCCACAAUUCCAUAUCCAACUUAUACCAAAAAAUGUCCCUAUGCAACAUGA